AUGGCCCUCACGGUUCACCUCAAGUCGGUCGCCAACCUCCGGGGGAAAGGUGACCGCGUCGCCAAAGUCACAUUUCGAGGAUUGUCCUUCUACAGCCGUGUGGCGGCCAACUGUGAGGAGGUGGCUCACUUUAAUGAGAUCUUUCGAUGGCCAAUUGCAAGCAGGUUGGAUGGCAGCGAGAUGCUGGAGAUCCAAGUUUACAAUUACAGUAAAGUCUUCAGUAACAGAUCGGUGGGGAAUUUCUGCAUGGUCCUCCAGAAGGUGGCAGAGGAGGGGCAUCUCGAAUUGACUGAAACACUCAUAGACGAUAAUAACACGUCCAUAAACACCAGCGUUACAAUAGAAAUCAGAUACCAGUCAAUAGAUGGCACAGAGGGCACGUGGAGUAACGGAGAGCAUCUGGAUGUUCCCGAUGACCGUGAUGGGAUGUUUACUUUUGAGACAGACAGCUUGCUCUCAGGACAAAGCCAGCGAUCGGGGGCAUCGACAAAACGAUCUUUGCAAGGAUCCAUACCGACGUUCAGAAAAUCAGGCAAAGGAGUGUUUGCAUCCAUGAAGCUCGGCAAGAUCAGGAGUUCGAAAGAUGAUCACAAGAAAGAUGAGCCAGCAGUGCUGGACAUGGAAGACCUAGACAAGAAGGCGAUACGUCUCGCUGGAAUGUUGGAACCGGACACCAUCUCUCUGGCAUCUGUAACUGCCGUCACAACAAACAUCUCCAAUAAGAGGUCCAAACCAGAUAUCAAGAUGGAGCCAAGUUCAGGACGACCAGUGGAUUACCAGAUUAGCAUCACCAUCAUCGAGGCCCGCCAGCUAAUUGGCCUCAACAUGGACCCCGUGGUGUGUGUGGAGAUUGGCGAUGACAAGAAGUACACAUCCAUGAAGGAAUCCACCAACUGUCCCUACUACAAUGAGUAUUUUGUCUUUGACUUUCAUGUACCCCCAGAUGUCAUGUUUGAUAAGAUCAUUAAGCUUUCGGUCAUUCAUUCUAAAAAUCUUCUUCGGAGUGGAACGCUGGUUGGUACCUUCAAGAUGGAUGUUGGAACUGUUUACCAUCAGCCCGAGCACCAGUUCUAUCACAAGUGGGCCAUCCUAUCCGACCCUGUUGACAUCACAGCGGGAUGCAAAGGCUACCUGAAGUGUGACGUGGCCGUGGUGGGAAAAGGCGACAAUAUCAAGACCCCCCACAAGGCCAACGAGACCGAUGAGGAUGACAUCGAGGGGAACCUGCUUCUCCCAGAAGGCAUCCCGGCUGAACGUCAGUGGGCGAGGUUUUAUGUAAAAGUCUAUCGUGCCGAGGGGCUUCCUAAAAUGAACACCAGCAUAAUGGCUAACGUGAAGAAGGCCUUCAUAGGAGAGAAUCGGGACCUGGUGGACCCUUACGUUCAAGUGCACUUUUCUGGGCAGAAAGGGAAGACCUCAGUGCAAAAAAGCAGUUAUGAACCCAUCUGGAAUGAGCAAAUUGUCUUCACUGAGCUGUUCCCUCCUCUCUGCAAACGUAUGAAGGUUCAAAUCCGUGACUCAGAUAAGGUGAAUGAUGUUGCCAUAGGAACCCACUUCAUUGACCUGCGCAAAAUAUCUAAUGACGGUGACAAAGGGUUCUUGCCCACCUUGGGUCCAGCCUGGGCCAACAUGUAUGGCUCUACACGUCAAUAUACCCUAAUGGACGAGCACCAGGACUUAAAUGAUGGACUGGGCGAAGGUGUAUCCUUCCGAGCCCGUCUGCUUCUCUCUGUUGCUGUGGAGAUCCUCGACACGACAUCCCCAGAGAUCCUCAGCUCCACUGAGGUUCAGGUGGAUUCUGUCUCCAACAUCUCAGAGAGUGCUACAGGAAAAAUGGAGGAGUUCUUCCUCUUUGGAGCCUUCCUGGAAGCCACCAUGAUCGACCGAAAGAUUGGCGACAAACCGAUUACUUUUGAGAUUACGAUUGGUAACUAUGGCAACCAAAUAGAUGGCACAAGCAAGCCAUCAUCGUUGAGGAAGAAGAAAAAGGAUGGAGAAAAUAACGAGGAGGACAGCGAGCUCAUCCAAAACUCCAGCGAGGACGAGGCCGAUGAGGAAGGCGACAUGGAUUCGGUUUCCUGCACACCCCUCAUGAAGCCUGUCAUCACAGACAGGAAUUACUUCCACCUUCCAUACUUUGAGAAGAAACCAUGUGUGUACAUCAAAAGCUGGUGGCAGGACCAACGGCGACGACUGUACAACUCCAACAUGAUGGACAAGAUUGCUGACAAGCUGGAGGAGGGCAUAAACGAUGUUCAAGAGAUCAUUAAAACAGAGAAGGCCUUCCCAGAGCGCCGACUCAGAGGAGUUCUAGAAGAAUUGAGUAUUGGCUGCAGUCGGUUUGUGAAUUUAGCUAACAAGGACCUAAAUCAAGCUGGAAGAACAAAACUGGACCGGGAAAGACUCAAGUCCUGCAUGAGGGAAAUGGAAAACAUGGGCCAGCAAGCCAAACAGAUGAGAACACAAGUGAAGAAAAACACAGUGAAAGACAGACUAAAGCUGGUGCAAAACUUCUUGCAGAGACUUCGUUUCCUCGCUGAUGAGCCACAACAUAGCAUCCCGGAUGUUUUCGUGUGGAUGAUGAGCAACAAUAAACGCAUCGCCUAUGCUCGCAUUCCCUCGAAGGACAUCCUUUACUCACUUGUGGAUGAGGAGACAGGGAGAGACUGUGGGAAGGUCAAAGCAGUGUUUCUAAAGCUGCCUGGUAAAAAGGGUUUCGGGCCAGCUGGUUGGACCGUUCAGGCAAAGCUGGAGUUGUACUUGUGGCUCGGCCUCAACAAGCAAAGAAAAGAUUUCCUCAGUGGGCUUCCCAAUGGUUUUGACGAAAUUAAAGUUGCUAAAACAACGCCCUAUCUUCACUCGGCACCGCCUGUCAGCCUCGUUUAUGAAAUGAAGCAGGUCUUCCAAUUGAGAGCACAUAUGUACCAGGCGCGGAGCCUGUUUGCAGCGGACAGCAGCGGCCUCUCCGACCCCUUUGCCAGAGUCUUCUUCUCUACGCAUAGUCAGGUUACUGAGGUUCUAAGUGAGACCCUGUGCCCCACUUGGGACCAACUACUGGUUUUCGAUGAUGUGGAGCUUUUUGGGGAGGCCAGCGAGCUACGAGAUGACCCGCCAAUUAUCGUGGUGGAAAUUUACGACCAAGACACAGUGGGCAAAGCGGAGUUUAUAGGUCGGACAUUUGCCAAGCCAACCAUAAAGAUGUGCGAUGAGCACUACGGCCCCCCGAGGUUUCCGCCUCAGCUGGAGUACUUUCAGAUUUACAGAGGCAACUGCACUGCCGGAGAACUGCUAGCUGCCUUUGAGCUCCUUCAGAUUGGUCAAGGAGGGACGGCCGAUCUCCCUCCCCUCGAAGGACCGACAGACACCGAGCACGGCCCAAUUAUAGCAGUUCCAUUGGGGAUCCGACCUGUCCUGAGUCGCUACCGCAUUGAGGUCUUGUUUUGGGGCUUAAGGGAUCUUAAGAGGGUUAACCUAGCCCAGGUGGAUCGACCCAGAGUGGACAUUGAAUGUGCUGGGAGAGGUGUUCAAUCUGUCCUUAUUCAAAACUACAAGAAGAACCCGAAUUUCAGUACGUUGGUUAAAUGGUUUGAGGUGGACCUCCCUGAGAAUGAGCUCCUCCACCCUCCACUCAACAUCAGGGUGGUUGACUGCAGGGCAUUUGGUCGCUACACCCUGGUUGGUUCCCACGCAGUCACCUGUCUGAGGCGUUUCCUCUACUGUGCUCCCGACAACACAUCAAGUAACUGGGGCAGCGCAGCUAAACUAAUGAAUGGCUACAUGGUCCUAACCAAUGGAGGCUCCCAGCACGGCUUCUCACCCAGCGUUUCCUCCCGCACUUUCUCUCACUCCACAGGAGACAUUAUCGUUAACAUGGAUUCGAUGGAGCCAGCCGUCCGGAAAAUGGACACGUGCGUCAAGUUAGAUGCUACAUCUGAUGCAGUUGUUAAAGUUGACAUGAUUGAAGAUGAAAGCGAGAAAGAGAAAAAAAAGAAGAAAAAGAAAAAGAAGGGAGCAGUGGAUGAAGAAGAUGAGACAGAUGAGAGCGUGCUGGAUUGGUGGUCCAAAUAUUUUGCUUCCAUAGAGACAAUGAAGGAGGCCCUUAGAGCUCAAGAAGCAGCUUUGGCCGAAGCCGAAGAAAGAGAAGACCUGGAAAUUGCAGCUGAGGCGGCAGAUAUCAAAAGCGAUGACCUUGUUUGGAAAGGCUCCAGGUUGAAGGAGAGGAACAAGGAGAAGAGAAAUGCCAAGGACAAGAAGAAGGUUCAUGCUGUGGACGGAAUUGAGAAACGAAUGGUUAAACCCAAAGUAGACGAGAUGAUGGUGUACAACAAGGAGCUGGAGAAUGAAUACGGCCAGUUUGAGGACUGGCUACAUACUUUCAACCUGUACAGAGGGAAAGCUGGAGACAAUGACGAACACGCACUGGAUGAUGACCGGAUCGUUGGGCGGUUUAAAGGUUCCUUGUGUAUGUACAAGCUACCAUUAUCAGAGGAAAUCACAAGAGAUGUGGGAUUUGAUCCAAACAUGGGCAUGUUCCAGAGCAUUCCUCAUAACGACCCCAUUAACGUGCUUGUCCGAGUGUAUGUGGUUAGGGCCACAGAUCUUCAUCCUGCGGACAUCAACGGGAAGGCAGAUCCGUAUGUGGUCAUCAAGCUAGGGAAGUCUGAGGUCAAGGAUAAAGAAAACUACAUUUCCAAGCAACUUAAUCCAGUGUUUGGCAAGUCCUUUGACAUUGAAGCAACAUUCCCCAUGGAAUCCAUGCUGACAGUUUCCGUGUAUGACUGGGAUCUGGUUGGUACCGAUGACCUGAUUGGCGAGACCAAGAUCGACCUGGAAAAUCGCUUCUACAGCAAAUACAGGGCCACCUGUGGCAUCUCAUCUACCUACUCUCUCCAUGGAUACAAUGUUUGGAGAGAUCCUUUAAAGCCUAGCCAGAUUCUAGCAAAGCUAUGUAAGGAAGGCAAGAUUGAUUCUCCUCAGUAUGGACCAGGAGGGAAAGUCAAGGUGGCCAAUCGCAUCUUUGUGGGACCAACAGAGAUUGAGGAUGAAAACGGUCUGAAAAAGCAGACUGAAGAGCAUUUGGCGCUGACGGUGCUGAACCAUUGGGAGGACAUACCCCGGGUAGGCUGCCGACUUGUUCCGGAACAUGUGGAGACCAGGCCCCUGCUGAAUCCAGAUAAACCGGGCAUCGAGCAGGGUCGUAUCGAAAUGUGGGUGGACAUGUUUCCCAUGGACAUGCCAGCUCCUGGACCUGCCAUUGACAUAUCUCCGCGGAAGCCCAAAAGAUAUGAACUCAGGGUGAUUAUUUGGAAUACAGACGAAGUAAUACUGGAGGACGAUGAUUACUUCACUGGGGAAAAGUCCAGUGACAUAUUUGUGAGGGGAUGGCUUAAGGGGCAACAAGAAGACAGGCAGGACACAGACGUGCACUACCACUCCCUGACCGGAGAAGGAAAUUUCAACUGGCGUUUCGUCUUCCCCUUCGAUUACCUCAUGGCGGAGGAGAAGAUCGUCAUCUCCAAGAAAGAAUCUAUGUUUUCUUGGGAUGAGACCGAGUAUAAGAUCCCGGCUCGUCUCACCCUGCAGGUGUGGGACGCUGACCACUUCUCAGCCGAUGACUUUCUGGGUGCCAUCGAACUGGAUCUAAAUCGCUUCCCUCGCGGGGCCAAGACAUCUAAGCAGUGCUCCAUCGACUUGAUACGGAAUGAGCAGGAACUUCCUUCCAUUUCCAUUUUUAAGCAAAAGAGGGUUAAGGGAUGGUGGCCAUUUGUGGCCCGUGAUGAGAAUGAUGAGAUGGAGCUGACGGGAAAAGUGGAGGCUGAACUCCAUUUGGUUACUGCAGAGGAGGCAGAGAAAAGUCCAGUAGGACUUGGAAGAAAUGAGCCUGAUCCACUGGAGAAACCAAACCGGCCAGACACGACCUUCCUGUGGUUCCUGAGCCCGCUGAAAGCCAUCCGCUACCUGGUGUGCAACCGCUACAAGUGGCUCAUCAUCAAGAUCGUGCUGGCACUGCUAAUGCUCAUUAUGGUGGGCCUCUUCCUGUACAGUAUGCCGGGCUACCUCGUCAAGAAGCUGCUCGGGGCAUGA